GCCCAAGUGCAAAACCUCGUAACCCUCAAUUUUUUUGAAAUUGAACUAAGCGCGCCAUUCUAUUUGUAGGUUAAUUAUCCAUCUUCUGGCAAAAUAUUGUAACCCACAAUUAUAUCCAAACAAAGUUAUCACCAUUUUUAUAAAACACGUAACCCACACGGUUAGAUGCAAAAGCUCGUAACCCACAAGCUCACUCUCUUCGUUGGGAUACGAGGUUACGCUCCUGUGUUUUUGGCGUUCUCGUCUCGUAUACCACAGCUGCAGCACGCACAAGCACACCACAUUUGAAAUCCGUUCCCGUUGUUUAUGCAAUGUUUCUUUGUGGAUAUAAAGAGUUAUCGUUAAUUUAAGCGUAAUAUGGAGAAGAAAAGAGCUGAAUUUGGGGCGUCAAGAGUAGAAAAAAUUGUAGCAUUAGCUAGAAUUAAAUCUUUAAAAGAUUCUGCAAGUGAGCUUCAUCAAGUUGUGAGAAGGAAGACAGCAUCCCAAUCUAGAGAUAGAGCCGGAUUUUCACAGAAGCCAAUCUACUCUUCACAGCAUUCCGUAAAUAAUGAUUCAAUUGAUAAUAUAAUUAUUGAAGAUUAUUUUGAUCAGGCUGAUACAGACCAAUUUGAUUUUGCUCUGAAUCUUCCCACUAUUAGUGAAGUAGGUUUUGAGAUGCCAACUACAGAGAAGGCGAUGGAUCUUAUACUAGUCCAGAGUGAAUUAGAAGUGAAAUCUACAGUCGAAAUGAUGGUGCAUGUACCUGAUGAGAUCGAAAUAUUAGGUGUAUCAACUGAAGACAAGGCGAUUGAGAAUGUACCAGAUGAAAAUGAAUUAGAACUAUUAACCACAGAUGAAACAAUGGCCCAUAUACAAGUACAGUCAGGUUUUGAGGUGCCAACUACAGACAAGGCAAUGGAUCUUAAAUUAGUCCAGGGUGAAUUAGAAGUGAAAUCUACAGGCGAAAUGAUGGCACAUGUACCAGAUGAGAUUGAAAUAUUAGGUGUACCAACUGUAGACAAGAGAAUUGAGAAUGUAUCAGAUGAAAAUGAAUUAAAACAAACAACCACAGACAAGACAAUGGUUCAGAGUGAAUUGGAAGAUACAUCUACAGUCAAUAUGAUGGCACUUAUACCUAAUGAGAUUGAAAUGUUAGGUGUAUCAACUAUAGACAAGACAAUUGAUGACGUAACAGAUGAAAAUGAAUUAGUCGACAUGAUGGCAUAUGUAUCAGAUGAGAUUGAAAUAUUAGAUGUAUCAACUGUAGACAAGACAAUUGAGAUUGUUUCAGAUGAAAAUGAAUUAGAACAAACAACCACAGACAAGACAAUGGUUCAGAGUGAAUUAGAAGAAUCUGCAGACCAGACAAUGGAGCAAGAGGGUUUUUUAUCUGAUAAAGGCUCAACUGAGAAUUCUGAUGAUGAUUUUAAUGUUGAAUUAUCAAAAAGAAAGAGAAAUGAGGGUUCUAAGAGACUGCUGAAUAAAAAAUUGAGAAUGAAAGGAGAAGCUUACAUUGGUUUUCAAAAAUGUAAGGAGUCCAAAAAAAAUGUCCAGACUGCACCCAAGAAAGAAAGAAAACUUGGAGAAAACUGUUCUUCAGCGUUUUGUGCUAAAACACGAAUGUGUAAUAAAAUUACCAAUGAAGAAAGGUCAAACUUAUUUCAUAAGUUUUGGAAGGAAUUGAGUUGGGACCAGAGGAAAAUUUAUGUGGCAAAUAAUGUUUCAAUGUCCACACCAAAACGAAGAUACACUGACAAUCCAGAAUCAAGAAGAAACGUUUCAGUAAUAUAUCACAUAACUACAAAUAAUAUAAGGUAUCAAGUCUGCAAGAAAAUGUUUUUAUCCACAUUUGGUUUAGGAGAGAGCCAGGUUCAGAACUGGGUUAGAACACAGUCAGAAGGAAUGAGUAAGUGUCAGGAAGUUUUAAAUGAAUCUCGCUGUACAAUAAAUAGGAAUGAAACCAAUUUGAAACAUUUAAAUAUGUUUUUUAGUAGAUUGAAUAAACUGCCAUCACAUUAUUGUCGAAAAGACACAUCAAAGAUGUACUUGGAUCAGUCUGUAAGAUCUAUGGUAGAUUUGUACAAAGAAUACUGUAAAUACUGUUUGGAAUUGAAUGUAAAAACUCUAUCAAGAACAACAUUUGAUAAAGUUUUCAGAGAAAAUAAUCUAGCACUUUACCAGCCAAAAAAAGACAAAUGCGACACAUGCACACGAUUUGAAGUAAGUUGUUUAAGUGAAGUUGAUUACAAACUACAUAUUGAGAAGAAAGAUAGAGCAAGAAAAGAGAAGGAGAUAGAAAAGCUCAAUGCUAAGGAUGGAAAGUGUACAUUAUUAAUGAUGGAUGUUCAAGCAGCUAAAGUCAGUCCAUGCUUAAAAAAUAGUUCAUUCUAUUAUAAAACUAAAUUGACAUGCCAUAAUUUUACAGUUAUGAAUGUAGUAUCAAAACACGUAAUGUGCUAUUGGUUCUGUGAAAUUGAUACAGAUUUGUCUGCAUCGACUUAUGCAUCACUUCUUUCGCAUUACAUAAUGCAGUACUGUCCUGAUGACAAACGAAUUGUUAUAUUCAGCGAUGGAUGUACCGCACAGAAUCGCAAUUCAAUUCUUGCUAAUGCUCUGCUCUCUAUGAGUUGGACGAAGAACAUAAUAAUUGAACAGAAAUAUUUAGAAAGAGGUCACACUCAAAUGGAGUGCGACUCGGUCCAUGCGAAUAUUGAACAAAAAUUGAAGGACAGUGACAUCUAUUUACCAAGUGAUUACUUGAAGGCAACGUUGGAAGCAAGGAAGAACCCAUUCCCGUAUGAAGCUCGUUGGGUAGAAUACAAUGAGUUCAAUGAUUAUUCAAGAAAGGAAUCUCAAGUUUACAACAGCAUCAGACCAGGAAUGAAUUUUAAUGUAACAGAUAUACGAGCACUUCAAUAUAGCAAAGGAAAAAUAAUGUACAAAGUUAGUUUUGAUUCCGACUGGUUAGUAUUACCGCAGCGUCAACUUCGAGACCCAACCACUGACUGGCCUAAACUUCAUGAAAAUAAGAAAAGAAUCAAGUAUGAAAAGUGGAACCACCUUCAAGAAUUAAAAGAAUUCAUUCCUACUCAUUGCCGUCAGUUUUAUGUAGAUAUACCCCAUGAAUGUAAACAAGGAAAUAAAGGUAGGAAAGGUAGUAAAUAAACAAGGAAAAAGUCCUGAAGAUGAGGAGGAUUAUUGAAAUUAUAAAACUUAAAAUUGUACUUAAGUCUAGUGUAAUAUCAAUAAAUUGAAAUAAAAUGUAUGUUAACAUCAUAUAAGAUUUAUUACCCAUUGUUUUCUUACUCUUAUACAAAAUAGUUUUAUAUUUCUAUUGUAAUAGAUAAUAUUAUUUUUAUUGCACACAAGAGGCAUUGAUAUCACCAGAUUAGGCUUGUUUCACACAUACAUGGACUCGGCCUGAUCUAAGUUGGAUCGGUCAGUUCUUCUGCUUAGAUACACAAAUAACCUAGAUGCCUAUAGGUGCUAUGAAUAACUGAAUAAUGGUACCGUAUCCAGACUAUCUACAUUUUAUAUAUUACAUAACUAUGCAAAUAACUGACCGACUCAGUUUAGAUCAGGCUGAAAACUUGUUUGCUAUGUGUGAUACUAGCCUUUUCGCUUGGACACGUUAACUGUCGGUCCCGGCUGACUAAAAACAUUCUUUAAGUCAUUUCAGAGGCCCUGAAAUUGAUCAGGUGCCAGUCAGCCAGUUUACACGAAUAUUAUUUUUUAUCACUGAUCAAAGUGAGAAGGAGAGAUGCGAUUUUUUUAUUAUGUAAAAUAUAAUAUAGAUCAUGUGACCACAUAGAUAUACUAUAAAAGAUAUUCUAUAAAAAUCAUACCUCUCUUUUCUGCUUUGGUCAAUAAGAGGCUAGAAGCCUUAAUAUUUUUCACUAUGUUGCAGUAAAAAGCAUAACCUCGUAACCCAAGUAAAAAAAAAAAAAAAAA